ACCCUCCUACCGAUAGAGUCGAAACGUACGGAUCCCCAGCCAGUGCGUUACGCGGUUCGCGUAUCCGUUCGCUUAAUCGCCCGUUCGUUGCGUGUGCGUGCACAACGUGUUAAUCAGAAAAGGUGCCUAUAACGUGAAAGUGUUGACUGGAUCCAUGGCUCUCCCUUAAAUGAGGAGAGGCAGGCUGAGAACGAAAGCGAGUUUUUCAUUAUUCCUCGAGGAGCAUGUUUCUUAUGAUCGUAUGAACGCGUGUUAAAUUGGAGAACAGGAGGAAUCUGUGUUAAUAGAAACGAGUCGGUGGUCUCUGACAGAGAAACACGGGACAUUAAGGUUGGAUAAUAUUCUGAUAAUAAAUAAUGUCGAACAUGCUGGUGCGAAGAUAGUGCAUUGGAAGAAACGCGUACGAGGACUUGUAAGGUUUCAGUUGAAGUAAUCAAGUAAAGAGGAACUGGUGCGAAACCAUCUUCAACGAUGAUGCUGGAGGAGGGACGCGGUGGCGGGAACGAAGCAAACUGUUGUACAACAAUAAGUCCAUCGGGGAGCAAGCUCGAGAGACGAAAGAUAAGGGAGGAUCGACGAAUCGUCCUGGGUGUGACCAGCGAUUAAACUGAUCGUUUUUAUCGUCAAUCUACGAAUUACUUAUUGCAGCCCCGGGGGGAAUUUGCGCGCGCUACGAUCAACCUGACAUCAUGGGGAAUGGCAUGAACAGGGUCCUACCCGGCCUUUAUAUCGGGAAUUAUCAUGACAGUAAGGACGCUGAUCAAUUGGAGCGAUUCGAGAUCACGCACAUACUGGCGAUCCACGAUACCGCGCGUCGAUUGCAUUCCGACAAACAUUAUUUAUGCAUUAUGGCGGCGGAUAGCCCGGAUCAAAAUUUGUCACAGUACUUUUCCUUGUGCAACGACUUUAUACACGCAGCACGUCUACGCGGCGGGAACGUCUUGAUACACUGCUUGGCCGGUAUGUCAAGAAGCGUCACGGUAGCAGUGGCCUAUAUCAUGAGUACCACCAAUCUUUCGUGGAAAGAGGCACUCAAAGUCGUCAGAGUGGGCCGUUCCAUUGCCAAUCCAAACGUCGGAUUUCAGCAACAGCUUAAAGAUUUCGAAUCCAGUCGAUUGCACGAGGAACGACGCAGGUUGAAGGAACGAUUUCCAAGCUUGGCACUCACGGAAUCCGAUGCAGAAGUGUGCCGUACCACUUUAAGAAAUUACGAAACCAUGGCAUUGGCACGAGAAGUGUGUGAAGGGAAAUGUGCCAUGGGUCGUCCUUGCCCGACUGGACUCUGCAGGCAACCUUCCAAAAGAAGUCCAAGAAGGAAGGCUUCCACAGGCAGUACCAGCAGCUUGACCACCGGAAGAACGCCACCGCAAACACCAAGAAUGCUACCGUCUGCACCACCCUCGCCAGCCAUGCAUAGAUCGACCAGUGUACUCUCGUCGAGACCAAGGAGCGGACCUGCUGGGUUACAUUAUUACACCGGUUCCGCGCCACCUUCCAGGGCAGUGUCGAGGGUGGACCUGUCGGGGGCGGUGGCCUGCAGCAGUAGCAGCACAAGUUUGCAAUCGAUAGGCAGAUCGGGGAUGUCCGGGAGCAAUUGGAGGCUGACGGCAGGAUCCGCGCCGAAUACACCGAGACCAACGCCACCGGUUUCCCCCCAGCGUUGGUCGAGACGAUCAUCCAGCCGGCAGACACCCCAAUUGCCAGUCUCUUCCGAAACACCAUCCUCGACCACGUAGCAUAUGCGGAACUUCGCUUCGUUCUCGACUUUGCCCGAGUAACGACGGAGCCGAUUCGCUCGUGGGACGAGUUAAUUGCACAAGAAACGUCUUACAAUGAGUGAACCCGUCGUCGGACGUCCGACGAAGCUUGGAAACGUCGGAACGGACACGGCUUGCAUAUCAGAAAGCUUCGAAACAGCGUUCAACGCCAGCUUGCCAUUUAAUUGCUAACGCAGCCUGUGAACAACGAUAGAAACGUUAAGAAAGCUAUCGAGAACGAACUGAAGCUCGAUUCCGUGAGCUGUUAAGAUUUAAGAGCUUAGCGUUCAGUGAAUCCCUUAGUCGAUAAACUGUGACAUUAGUUGAUAAACUGGAACAAAGACGCGUCUGUUACCAUGGUAGGGAUAUCGAUGAAACUAACGUGCUACCGUUUAUUGCACCCGUUCUUGGGAUUUUAUGGUUGUUUCUACUUUCAUUAGUUAAUUAGCAGAGUAACGAACGGUUGUACCAGUCGGCUCAAGCCCGGAAAUUGUUGUUUUCGGUCGAAAACGCUCGCGCGGCUGCUUUUGUAUUAUAGCAAGUUUCUUCAAGCAACCGAACAACGCACGCGACAUCGCACAAGAUAUUACCUAUUCGAUCACAGCGAAAGCAAACGCGAUCAUCGAAACAGUCUCACCGACUGAGCAAGGGAACGGAUUUCGGGUAAUUAGACGCGACGUACGAGGCGUUGGAUCCAAGAAAAUAAGUUCCCAUUGAUCGGGAAUAGAUUCUUUUUGUCUUUUACGUUCUUCGUGUGCACCUUGAACUAUUCUUCUACAUCAUUUUCACGACCUUCGUUAAAGUUCCUAAUCCAUCUUCUUGCUAUCGAAUCAAAAGCUGACGAUCUGUACAAUUUCGAAAGGGAACUUGCUUCUUGGACGCGUCUCGUACGAUUUUUAACUUGCGCGUGAUGCAGUAAUCACCGACAAUCUUGCGUACGAUCGCACAUAGACGCAACGUGACCUCGAUCGUAUUCUCUUCGUAAAGACCCGAACCUCUUGUUGAUUAGCGUGUUUUUUUUUUUUAAAAACGAAGAGACGCGAAGGAUAACAAUUUAGCAGAUAUACAUACAUGUAUAUACGUAUAUCGAAUUGUCCAAACGUGUAAAAGUUUACCAGUAGAGGCACUCAAGUACUUUUCCAAUAUUAUUGUCGAAACGUAGAAGAAUUUCGCUGCUGGACGGUCGGGGAAUCGCCGUGUUUCUCGAUCAUCUUUGCGUACGAGCGUCUCCUGUUAAAUUCAUCGGUCAGAAAUUAACGAUAACACCGUGCAAUUUUUUAGCACCAAUGCACCAUCGGGUAGCGUAGAAUAUGUACAAUUCGCCGGACGAACCGCUUGAAUCGCAUAAGUUCUCAUCGGUACGCGUCGAUUGUGUUCACGGUAUCUCCGAAAAGCAAUUCGCGCGAGCGCAAUUGUGGCUUUCCAGCCGGGAAAGCGAAGGGAAUAAAUGUAUCUGAUAAGAUUUUCGUCGAGCAACCGGGGGUCUGGGAUCUUCGACGAGAGACAAGAGAAGAACGCGGAGUCGUUGUUCCUCGAAUCGUUCCAUUUCAGUUUGUUCGCGAACCGUCCAUUGCAAUUGUUGGAUUUGUAGCGAUACCACGCUAUUUAGCGCAAGUUGUUGAUCCAAAUGAAACCAUAUACAUAAUAUACGAAUAUAUACAUGCAUAUACUCGAGGCGUGGAUGCUGGUAAAUGCGUUUUGUGCACAGGGAGCGUAGGAGGACUGUACGCGGUACAAUUGCGCCCGCCAUUGUCGCGUCAUCAUUCCGUUAAACGCUCAAGGCCGUUUCAGCCACCAAGAUUUUGUCGAAAGAUUUCUAAAGUGAUACUUUACUCUUGAACAGUCGAGCAGCGUUACCAUUGUUAACACUUUACCGACCGGUAACGGUUGAUUAAUCGGCUAUCGGUCGGUAAGCGUUGGCCGGUAAAACAGUUGAUUGAUAGGCUCUCAGCCGGUAAGCGUUGGUCGGUAAAACAGUCGAUUAAUAGGCUAUCGGUCGGUAAUGUGUUAAGAUCCAAAGAAUGUUGUAAUCGUCUCGACUUUUUGCUGUAUUUGUCAACAACACUUGCAGGCUGAAAGAGUUGAGUUAACGUUUUGAAAUUUUUAAUGCUUAAAUCUUGUGAAACUUUGCUUUAUGGAACUUACGUUGGACUGCAGUCCUUAAACUAAAUAACGAUGCGAUUAAUCAAAAGUUGAAGACUCUCGACUGUUUUAUUUUUAAAGCACCAUUAUUCGAAUGAUCAGCCUCUUUCCAUGUGCACGAUACGCUUUUAUUACCAGACACCUUGUACGCGUACACACUCGGUAGGCAUACGUUGUUACAAAUGGUGAUUUCAGAAAAUUUUAUAACUUGUUGGCAAUGGUGAUUAUUAUGCGACAAUGUCGUACAUUAAGUAGACGUGUUGUUACUGAUUAUUUCAUGCACCGAAGUACGAUUCACUUGACGAGCGAGACAGCAAGGCGUUUGCGAACGGAUCACCGAUCACAUCUCUCCCGUCGUCAAAGCGUAUUUAAUCGAUUCGCAUGAUAGAAUCAUUUAUUUUUCUAGAACCAUUCGAUUUCUCAUAGCGUAAAAUGAAGAAUCAAUUAGCAAGUAGACAUUUGAGGCGCUGUUAAAAGUACGAAAGGCGCAGGUUUCAUUCGAUUUUUUAGCGUUAUUCAAUCCGAAGGAUGAUUUUAACAGUUUGUCAGCGAGGAUUUAGCUGAUGUUACAUCGUUAAAGUCACUUUCUCAAUGUGAAGCUGCAUUCUUUCGAGUAGUCUGAUCAUCAGUCCCACCAAACCGAUCAAAUUAAUCGACCGCGCCCCGUUUUUCGUUUAUUUUCUUUUCUUUUAUUAAUCGUUUAAAUUGAAUGUUGAUCAAGCAAUAAUAUAUAUGUAUAGAAGAAGCGAUUUAAAUUAAUUUCAUCGGUCUUGGUUGGUUCAGUUAUCGUUUCGAUCGGCUCCAGAGAAUACAGCGGUGAUAAUGUUAAAAAUUCACAAAAUAUUUUUUAUAAACUUAUUGUUUUCAAGGUUUUGCUCGAUAUUGACAUAUCGCUGUUAUAUUAAUUAAAUAUAUAUUUAAAUAUACACAAAUACACAUAGGGCAAAGAAACGCAUUAAGUAGGGAGGAAUACUCUACGAAUCGCAAGCAAUCUUGGGUUCCGUUUUUUCCAUCUUAGAAUUUUCCGCCGAAUGGACAACGUUGUAUUAACCAUUUACUGCGUCGACUAUUUUUUAGAAUAAACAAAUUCUGUUGGAUAGAAAAUGGCACAAGAAUUAUAAGAAUAAUGCUUAAGAAAUUAUUUCUUACCAAUAUUUAUGUAUAUACAGGGUGUUCCGCCAUCCCUGGGGGAAAAAUUUAAUGGGAGAUUCCAG